UUCUCUUCUUCUCUCUGUCUCUCUCUCUCUCUCUCUCUCUUUCCCUCACUUCCUCCUCUCUUCGAUGCGGCUUUUCUUGGUCGACCGGUCGACUGGCUUCUCAAGGGGGCGUGCUUGCUCGCAUACAACAAACGCGAACGUGAACGCGAAACUAUCUAAGCACGAGGCGCAAAGCAAUUCGUUCUUGUGCGGUUCGUAUGUUGCUCGUGUGUGGCCCGACCGGCCACUUCGUGGCACUCGAUCGUCAUCGUCGUGCGUAAUCGCUGAGCAAAUCGGUCCUUGUGCUCCACGAUUCAAAGGGUAAGAGCAAGUUGCCGAAGAACAUUCAGACGCGUGAGAUUGGAGGAUUGGAUGUGUUUGUCGGUCGCGUUGGUCGGUUCGUCUUGCUUACGAGAGAGACAAAGCCGAUGGAACAGCGACAAGAGGACCGCGAGGUUUAGUUAAAAGUUCCUCGAACGAUGUGCCAUGGCUUCGUCUUUAGGGGGGUCAGGAAUGACGUCGGGCAUCUCGUCGCCGCGAAUAGUCAACCUGGAAUUUCCCCCACCUCCACCCUACCCACCGCCGCACAAUCAGAUAACGCGGAACGCUUUAAUGGAACCGGUAUCACCAGUGUCACCCAUCACGAGUUCUCACCAGCAUCCGCUUUUGGAUUAUUCGUAUGCGUACUACCAGUCUGAUUCAAGUCACUUUCAUGUCGCGUAUCCGACACAGGCGCUCCCGCAACAACAACAACAACAGCAACAGCAGGAGCAGCGACAACAGCAGCAACCACUACAACAGCAGUUACAACAGCAACCGCAACAACAGUUACAGCCAAGAUCCGACCCUUUAAAGAGACACACUUACACAACUUGCUAUGGCACGGAAGAAAAUAUUUAUGAAGAGAUAUCGGAAAUUAGCAAGCAAUGUCAUCGCGCGUUGCACGGAUCGCGAAGGUCACUCGUGGCAGACGAGGUACGUCGCGUACAAUCGCGGCAUCGUCGCGUGCUCGGGGAACUUAACCUGAGCGUAGAAGCAAUGUUGAUGCCAGCCGCGGUUGAUAAUAACGAGGAAGAAAUAGCACGGGAACCUCAUGAAACUUCUACCGAAGAACUGCUGCCUCUGGCUAGUUUCGCCGAUGACGUGCUCUCGCGCGGAUAUGAUAUGGACAGCGGUUUCAGUGGAAGCUCCAGCGCGAGUUACAGAUCCGGCUUGGGAUCUUUAAGAAGAGGAAUGGGGAAAACGAGCGGCUCGGAACUAAUUGGUAUUCCACGUAAAACGAAAGCCGCCAUGAUUUGGAAAAAAGGUUGGAAAGGCUGGAAGAAACUCCAGUCCCUUGGAAACAAUAGCAACAACAGCAAGAUCAUUGACGAGCCUCGUUCAAGGUGUAAAUCGUGGGAUGACGUAGGACCCGGCAAGAUGGAAACGGUCGGUGGAAACGCGCGUCAUCCCUCUUUAGAGACGCACAGGUCCAACACGUCCACCCAGUCCGCCAGAAGCGAGGACUCUUGGUGUUCGGCAUCGGAUCACGAUAUCUCUUCCGAUGAUGAAAGCGAAAAGAGUAAUAUCAGUAUUAAAAGUAAUUGCCAAUUGAGAAAUACGUUGCACAAGGCACGUACGCUUUGCGACAAGUGGCGAUUUCAGAAUAUACCGGCCAACAGUGCGGAUCUUUUGGAAUCUCCGGGAAAUCACGGACGUCUCUCGAGAUGGUUCAGCAUUCGCAGAGGAUCGACGCAUCAUUACGAUGUAGACUCCUCGGAUACGGUAUCCCUAACCAGUCCUGUCAAAACAUCGCAAAUGCCACAGCUUUGCGAGGUCGACGAAGAGACUAGCGCAAUGAUACAAUUUCAGUGUAUGCAACAACGGAGACAAGCUCCACCUACGCUUCCACCGCCACCGCCAAACUUGUCUCCUCAACAAUUAAAACGUCGACACAUCGUGGCCGCGAUAGUACAUUCCGAAAACAGUUAUGUAUCUACUUUGCAGAGAUUAGUAAAUGACUAUAAAAAACCAUUGGAGGAAUCUUCACCACCUAUACUGAGCCAAUCUAAAAUAGCGACAUUGUUUCAUAGACUUCCCGAAAUUUUGCAGUGUCAUACGUUAUUUAGAAUUGCUCUGGCGGAAUGCGUACGAUCCUGGGACAAGGAUGAAAAAUUGGGAGAUGUAUUUGUCGCGAGUUUCAGCAAAGCUAUCGUGCUCGACAUUUACAGCGGCUUUAUAAACAACUUUUCUGUGGCGAUGGAUUUAGCUAAACAAGAAUCAAAGAGAAAGACCGCGCUCGCAGAUUUCUUCAAGGUGAAACAAAUUAGUGCCCACGAUAGAUUAUCCUUCUUUGGUUUAAUGGUCAAGCCUGUACAAAGAUUCCCACAAUUCAUCUUAUUUUUGCAAGAUUUAUUAAAGCAUACACCACAAGGACAUCAUGAUAGAAUGUCUCUACAGUUGGCGUUAACGCAACUCGAGAGUUUGGCCGAAAUGCUAAACGAGAGAAAACGAGAAGCGGAGCAAUUCCAAGCGUUUAAAGAAAUGUUGCGGCAUGUUUCCGGAAAGUUAUCGCAUCGUCCGCUUUCUUCAACGUCACGCUAUCUUAUUAGAGAAGAUAAUGUCACGCAGUUGGAAUUCAAUCAAAACGGCAUGAUAACGAAAUCCAAAAGAAGGAGGUUAUUGCUACUAAACGAUUUAGUAGUAUGCGUUUCCGUCACUCCAAGAUCGACGGAAGAUUUUUCAGGAAACGAACGAUUAACGCUGAAAUGGACGUACCCGGUAUCGGAUAUCGAAAUUCAAGACACUAGCACUUCUCCGACUUUAAGUCGAUUGCUCACUGCCGGUUUGAAUAAAGGCGGCAGCUUAAAAUCUGACAAAAGCGGCGGAGAAUGUGGACAAGCAAACGACGCGGAUAAUCUCUGUGUAGAAAUGAACGAUCUUAUGCACGAUUACGAAGUCAUGUCUAGAAUAAGUGAUUUAGUGGUCCAAUUGAAGGGUAGAUACGAGGGAAUGACACUCCAAACUACUAAACAAAUUUUGCAAUCGAUACAAAUGUCGAUACAACAAAAAGACGAGGACAUGAUAUGGGCCGAUAGUUGUUGCCUCCAACUAGUCACAAAGCAAGGUCAAAUGUAUACGUUUCAAACGGAAAAUCCGCUGGUGAAAAAGGAUUGGAUAACCGAGCUUAGAUUGGCCCAAUUAGCUCUGGAUCCUAAUAAUUCCCCAUCGUGGGAAGUACCUGAACAAGAGCAAAGACCGUCCACGAAAAUGCCGCUUUUCGUUAGUUCGCAGGCCGUAUAUCGCUCGCAACAUCAGACCGAAGUACGUUGCGGUUGUUAUUAUUCCAUUGAAAAUUCACGUUCCACGAAACGACGCGGUAGAAAUCAAAAUUAUCUGUGGAUAUGUACGGGAGACGGCAUAUCCAGUCAUGUAACAGUUUUUGGUCAAUCGACAACAGCUUCGGCAACUUGCUUGAAACGUAUAACUACUUUCGAUCUGGUGGAAACUAAAGUAAAUGCCAUCGAGUUUGUGAAGGGGAUUUCCAACGAUUUUACUACGCUCGCCAGUGAUCUCGUAUGGAUGGGUACGGAUUCUCGGAAAAUUAUUAUUUAUGCCGCGACAGAACCGGAAAAGGAAGAAGAGAUUGGCAAUUAUCCCGUCUCGGGAUCCAUUACUGAAAUCAAGUAUCACUGCGAUAACGUUUUUGUAGCUUUAGGCACGGGUUUGCUACUUUUAUUUAAACGACAAGUCGAUGGUACAUGGGCUCUCAAAGAUCCCUUUGUUAUAUCACUCGGUAACGAUCCUGUUUCAUGCCUAAUGCCAAUCAAUACGUCGGUUUAUGCCGCCUGUGGCAAGAAGGUUUGGGUACUUAAUGCCACUUCGGGAGAUGUCAUCAAGAGCUUUAGCGCGCAACACGAACACGUGGGAAAUGUGAGACUUAUGGCCCAUUCCGGGGUCGGUCUUUGGGUCGCCCUUAAAAAUUCAAGCACGGUUUGUCUCUAUCAUACGGAAACGUUCAAACACCUGCAGGAUAUCAAUAUAGCAUCCAACGUGUUAAGAGUGACGAAAAUGAACAAUCCUCCCAACUCGUGCGGCGGCACUCUCGCUACUAAUAAUCAAACUGCAGUCACGGUUACGGCGCUUUUAGCGUGCAAAGGUCUCUUGUGGGUCGGCACUAAUGUAGGUAUUAGUUUGACUAUUCCAUUGCCGCGUUUAGAAGGAGUGCCAAUCAUCAGCGGACGCGUCAAUAUUUCGUAUCACGCUCACUUUGGUCCGAUUACCUUCUUAUUGGCGGUACACAAUACGAAAGGCGCAAUGUAUUCUGCCGCGAAGAAUAUUCGCGUCAAUGAUGACGAGAGCGUACCAUUAAGAACGAGAGAUGCCGAGCAGAAAUCGCGAGAUAGAGCGAGUUUAGAUUCAUCCGCGUGUAAUAAUAUCGCGAAACUGAAACAGCAGUUGACGGGAAGUCCGGUAAUGCUGAGAAGAAAACGGAGCAAAGAAUACGAAUGUCGAGGCUCGAAAACACUCCCGAGGGGAUUAGGAGCUGGUUGUGGACUUUUAUCAAGUUCCUUCUCCAGUUCGCAGAGUUCCGGUGAAAACUGUGACGUUUAUGGACUUUACGGUGAAUUGAUGUACGUAAAGGAUUAUGAAAAUGAAAACAAUUCGGGCAUAGACCCCAUUUACGAGACAUUGAGAAGAAGCGACCCAGAAUUGGCAGCCAUACCAAAUAAAGUGAGUACCUUGGAUCGUAGAUUGAAAAUGAAAAUCACCAGACCUAGAUCGUUGGAUCUUUCUAAUUGGUCGGUGGAUUCUCACGCGAGCUCCUUGUACACAUCUUCGGAAGAAAAUUUAUCUCUAAAAACUGGAAAAUUAUCGCGCAACAGUAGCAUAGCUAGUCGUAACGGUCCUUACGACCUCCCUACAGCUAACAAUAGCGCGAUACAGUCCGCAUUGGAGCCACCAUCCGCGAGCAAUCUUAAGAAGAAUGGUAAGAAAAAUGGUAAAAUGGUGCAGCAGAUAGAACAACCUAAAAGAACGGUAUUGACGCUAAUGGGUGGACGUGGUUACAUCAAUUGGAGGCAACUACACGCGCAAUCCUACAUUGACAAAAGUUCAAAAUCGACCUUCGCGUUCAAAGAUCCCAACAGUAAUGACGCACAUAUAGUCUUAUGGGAGAUGAAAUUGUGAUAUUCGUACGCCUUAGACUUAUCGUUAUACAUCAGUUAUACAUGUAUCACAGAAGCGAAACUUUUGACGCUGAUAUCUAUGCGCAUUGUAGUAUCAGAAAAUAGGACCAAAAGAAUGCUUUAGGUAACAUUAUUCAUUAUUGUAUUGUAUAAGACUAUCAGAUCCAUGACAUGAUGAAUUUCAAUUAAAAUUGUGGCAACAGAGUAUCCGUACCUUCGAUUACGUGUGACGAUUUAUAUAAUGUACAAAUUGUUAUAUUUUUUAAACCGAUGAGAAAAUCAAGAAUGCUAAAAGAAGAAAAAGUACAGUUCGGUAUUAGAAUAUUAAGCAUCUCUCGUAUACACAAUUAUCAAAAAAAUAGUUUAAUAGGCGUUAUAUAUUUAAUUAAAUGUAUCUUUUAAACAAAAACUUUUUCUAGGAAAGGAUGACUUUAUUAAAUAAACAAAUUGAAAAAUAUAUAUAUAUAUGUCGCAUUGCGAUUUGUAUAUUAUGAUGAGUUUAGUAUACACACACAGCGGAUACUCUUGCUUAUCAAAAAUGAAUGCUUCCAUUGCAUAUAGAUUAUAGUUGAUAACAUUUCGAUACAAUGUAUCGUUUCUAGAUAUCAAUCAUUCAUAAAAUGUAUACCUGCUCAUGGUAUAUCAAUUUGAAUCUCGUUAGUGUUAACGAAAUGUGUGAUAAGUCUUAAAGAUGGUAAGAAAGCGCACAAAAACAGGAUUACGCUUAAAUGUUUUAUAUUGUUAUAUUUGUCACGCAAAUAUUUGCUAUAAAAAUAUUAUGUUUACAUAGUACGUAUAUUCAAUCUCUUGAAAUUAAAAUAAGUGCUGAAAUCAUUGUUCGUAUAUGCGUAGCUAAAACGCAAAUGGUUAGUUGGGUCUGAACUAUGGGCGCACAUAUGAAAAAUAUUUACCAUGCGCUAUAUCUUAGUACGUGAUGUUAUAAACUCUAUUGCAUCAUCUCACACAUAUUUACGUACCUUGAUUUCGGUGAAAAUUGGCUAAAAACUUGUCUGGACAUUUUGAUUUUUUUAAACAUUUUUUUGGCAAUAUGCAGUAUUUGUUUUAAAGUAUGCACGUUCGCGCAUAUGCAUACAUUAAUCCUUUGUUUUAAACGGAAUUUUUUUUCUAUCGCUCUUGGCCAAGAUUUAAAUGUAAUAAUAUUUCAACAAUUACAUUUACCGUUUGAAAUUAUAAUUACCAAUUCAAACACAUGAAAUUAGAUCUAUUAUCAACAUACUUGACAAUCGUAUCAUUUUGAUAUUUGAUAAAUGCGCUUAUAUAAAGUUUUUUAUAACGCGCAUAAGACAGAAUCUAACGCAUUUAUAUUAUUUUUAUUAGUAGAAAAAUUACUUUACCGUGAAAUUAACAUCGUAUUAUUCUGCAUUCCGCUAAAGAAAUUUAAAAAAUUGGGACACAACAUGUCACAGAUCCAAACUACUAUCAUCUCGUGAUUUACAAGUUUUGUGCAAACAAUCCAUUAAUAUUGACUAGAUGAAAAUUAACAUCUUUUCAUUUAAUAAUCUGUCCAUUUUACUAAAAUUAAAAA